UUAACAUCACCUGAAUCUUAUCUUUUUUUGUGCAGACAAUUUUUGAUGCCAGGAUUUGUUGAUACUCAUAUUCAUGCUCCGCAAUAUGUAUUCACGGGUACUGGUUAUGACUUACCUCUUCUGGAUUGGCUUGAAAAAUAUACAUUUCCAUCAGAAUCACGAUUUCGAAAUGUUGAGUUUGCCCAAGUGGCUUACCGCAAGGUUGUGGUGAGUGAGUAUAAAUUAACCCUUUUACUGAUCCCAGAAGAAGUUAAAGUCAAAAUUAGACAAAAAUUCCAAAUAAUGUAAAAAUACUGAUAUACAGACUCAAAAGUAAGAACCUGCAGCUUACAGGACUAGCAACAGGCUGGCCGCACAAUAUUUCCCAUCUUAGAAUUUGUAAAAAAAGGUGUUUUGUUUUGUUGGUCCGUGCAGGAUAUUUUAGAUUUAUCACAGAGGCAAUAUAAUCUCCAAAUAAUCUGACCUUUAUUUGCAUUCUACCCAUAUUCCAACACUUUUUAGUUUUGAUACUAAAUAGCAAGACCCUAUUUAUAUAAUGUACCGUACUGUACUGUAAUAAUAAUUACAGUUGACUCCCGAUAACUCGCACCCUUGCUAACUCGAACCUUGCUCUAACUUGAAUUUCAAUCAUGAAGGUUCAAAUUAUCAGGAGUCGACUGUACUAUUCACCUGCAUGCUGUACCAUGUCUAAUCUAAAAAGAAGCAAAAAAUAUUUCUAUAAUAAUUUUUUAUUAUUUUGCCCCAUGAUACUGUCUUUUCAUAGGGCAUAUUAAGAACCUUCUUGGGGUUAGUGUGUCUCAUCAAAAUUUGCAGUAAUUUAAUUUUUGUGAUUUUUUGUAGAGAAGACUCCUAAAGAAUGGCACAACAACUGCAUCAUAUUUUGCAACCAUUCAUUAUGAAGCUUCAGAGAUUCUUUGUGAUAUUGUUGGUAAGUGAAGCAAGAUUAUUUUGUAUUGUUUAUUUGGUAUAAAAGUGGAGAGUUAACACUGCGUAUGGUAUGGCUCAUAGGGAGAUGACAUUCUUACUAAAUAAUAUUCACAGCAGAAUUAAGAGGGAUACAGUUGACUCUUUCUUAACGGACACCUCUAUAAGACGGACACCUCUGUAAAAUGGACACUUAGAGUUGGUCCCUGCCUUUCUUUACUCCUUUUAUUUGACUCUUUAUAACACGGACACCUCUCUAAGAUGGACACUUAGUACCGGUCCCAAAGGUGUCCGUCUUAGAGAGAGUUGACUGUAUAUUUUUCCAGACCCACAAAAAGAACUUACAGGUAGUCAUACCCAGCAAUCUUGAUUUGAUUCUUUUUGGCGCCCCAACACAAUUCUCAGCACAGUGUGUCAAAGUGGGUACUUUCUCCAGGGCUAGAACUCAGCACCAGUUGUGACCUAAAUGAAAAAGGGGAGGGGGUGCCUAUGUGUAUCAACAAGGAAGUUUUGCUUUCUGGUAUUAUAUUAUGUUGAGUAGGAAAAAUGACCAAGGCUGUAUUGAUAGAGGGUCAUAUUGUAGAAAAAAAUUCUAACAAACAAGAAAGAUAUUCAGAGACAAUCAUAAAAUCACAGUUUGAGCCUCAAACCUCUUUUAUGCUUAAUUCAGGCCAUUAGAGUACCUGAACAGUCAACAUCAUUUUAGUAUCCAGUCAAAUAUUGCUUUGAAUGCAUACAUACAGUGAAUAGACAGUAGAAUCUCCACCAACAGACAUCUGCUGCAAGAGGACAGCUCUCAUAAAACACUUUUUCUGGUCCCAAGGUUGUGUACUUUUAGGAAAUUUGACAGAAAUAAAAGAAAAACAUAAAUUAUUCAAGUACCUUACCAAUUUUUUUGGUAUUGAUCACGAUUUGUGGAAUUUAGGUACAUUAAAAAUCCCCGGCUAAGAACUUAGUUUUUAAGAACCUGUUAGGCUAAAAUUUGCCAGUUAGGUCCCCUCCAUACAAAAACCUGUUUAGCCUAAAAUUUAAAAUGGGUUCUUAUUUUCUAAAAUCUAUAGUAAAAAUUCUGAGCAAUAGGGCAAGUAAGGUAAGUCAACAUUCAGGAUCCUUAUUGGAGACAUGUCAGGUGCCUUAAUUAUCACUCCAACUGAAAUGUAUUCGGUAGCAGAUUUUAUAAGGAAUAAGCUGAAUAUACUACUUAAUACUCUUAGCUGCAUUGUAUUUUUUCUUCAGAAAAUAAGAACCUAUUUCAGAACCUAAAUAGCCUAAAUCUGAACUAAUAAAUUGCCAUUUAUGUAAGAACCUGUAGGUUCUCAGUGACAGGUUUUUUGCUGUAGUCUGACUGUAAAUGUCUAACUAAGAAUAGAACCAAUUUUUCAGCUUAUAAACACUGUCCUUUUCUCUCUUCCAGCUGAACUUGGUCAGCGCUGCUAUAUAGGCAAAGUGUGCAUGGAUAGAAACAGUCCUGACUACUACAUUGAAGAAACAGAACAGUCUAUAAAAGAUGCAGAAAGGUAUGAUCAAAGUUUACUACUACCUGGUUAGCUCAACUGAUCGCAUACCAGAGUUUGAAACAGUAGGCUAAGGUUUGAUUUCCUGGCUGGACCGUCACUUGAUGAAAUGUGCUGCCUCUGCCCUGCAGACAUCUGUGAAUAGUUAGGCAUCCCUGUCCUCAUGUUCAUUUGUCAAACCUAUGGCCACCACCCAGUUUUUAACAUGCAUGUUGUGAGAACUGUUAACAGAGCUAAACAUGAACUGGGAGUAUUUUGCUGCAAGAGAGCUUUGUGUUAGUGGAGAUUAGGAGGGCACAUCUCGAAUUGACUGCAUAUCUGCAUAAACAGGACAUCAAAGAACUCACACCCCUGUCAAUAUUUAAGAGCACACGGUUGGGGGUGCAGACUCUAGUGGUGUGGUCAUUCAUGGGUUUGGUUGGUAAUUAUUUUAAAGGAGUAUUAAUUAUUAUUUUAUUUUAAUAUUAAAGGGGGUGCAAAUUUGGUUAAUCUGCUGACUCACCAUGUUUUGAUUCACUGUGGAAGAUUCAUUUGUAUUGUUCACCAAAUUGUUUUUUUUGAAAAUAUGAUUUCCACAUGAGACAAAAUUUUAUCGCAGCCAUCCAUCUUAGCAAUUGCAUUCCUUGAAUGUAUCCUAUUUAUAUACAACUGUAUGUAGUUUUUGCUAGUUAGACUUAAAACUUUCAUGUAAUCCAUAUGCAGUGCAAUCUUUUUGUUUCUUUUGACAGGUUUGUCAAGCAUGUACUGGAACUUAAGGUACUACUGAUCAGUAAAUGGGCAAGUAAAGUUUGCCUUACUUGAGCAAAUCUAUGAAAGGAAAGUAAUAGGAUUAGAAAAAUCUCAACCGCAUGACUUUAAAAAAGUGCAGUUGGAUACUUAGUUAAUAAAACAAGAAGUACAUAGGUUAGACCAGGAGAAAUGACUAUUCCAUCAGCUUUUGUCGAAUAUAUACUUUUGUCUGUCUCUGAUGAUUUCCAUUUAUUGCAUUGGAAACACUGCAGCCAAUAACAUCUUGGCUUAACUGACCAAUGACCAAUAAUUUCAAACCCAAUCAAGUCAAUGUAGCCAGAGUUAAAUACCAUUAAAUAGUGAUACAAAACUUACUUUGGUUGUGACUAUCACCACCACACAGGUUGUCAAAAUUAAGUCAGUCACUAUCAACAACAGUUGUAAAUAUUCAGGACCAUACACCCACUCAUGUGGAACAAUAUUUCAAUCUAUGUACAUUGUUUGGCUUGAUUCGUGGGUUCAAAUUGUGGUUGUUUUUCUUUUUUUUGGCAGAAUCCUCUUAUCACACCAGUGGUUACUCCAAGGUUUGUUCUGUCAUGCACCUCACAUCUGCUGAAGAAGUUAGGACACAUAGCUAAGAAGUAUGAUGUUCCCAUACAGGUACAUUUUCUAAAACAAAAUGUUAUUAGACUAAAGAGAGGCUUUAUGCCUCUUGACCUCUCAAGAACUGCUAAUUGCCUUCUGAAAAGUAAGAUUAUAUCAAUGGCAAAUAUCACACUUAGCCUGGCUUUGAAAUAGAAGCUUAGGGCAACUUGCCUAUAUUGAUUAUUUUAUCAUCCUGGAGAUUAUCAUGGGUGGCAAAUGGUAAAAUCCAAGACUUGCCGAGAUGCCGAGAUCCUAGUUAGAAAUCCGAGCCUGAGACUCUUUGGUGAAAAGUUUUGAGACUCAAAAAAAAAAACAAACCAUGAAAAAAUGAGACUUCAAGACUUAUCAAGAACGCUUCCGAGAUUUCGAGAUCCUGCCAAAAUUUUCCAAGACCCACAUUUUUUUGAGGUACCAUUCGCCACUCCUAUUAUCCUCUUCAAUGAUAUGCACAUCUUUGUAUUCCCCUUGUAUCCUUACUAUUUAAAAUGGUGAGGGGGACCAGAGGGGACACUUAUUUGAAAGGGGGUGCUUUUUGAUAUUAUGGCCUAAAAGGCGGGUGCUUAUUAGAGCAUUGUUACUUACCCGAGGAAAUACAGUUUACUCUCCUCACCCAUCUCUAUCAGAUAGCAUAAAUUUGGCUACCUCUGUGCUUCCCAUCCCCUGUUUUCAGCAAAAUGUUAUGUGAAAGUGCAGUUUCAACAUUAUUACUUUGAUUACCACAAUUUUGUAUUUUAGAGUCAUUUGAAUGAAUCAAAGAAUGAAAUAGCCCUGGUUGAAAAGGACUAUCCAGGUUACAGCUAUACUGCAGUUUAUGAUAAACAUAACUUGCUAAACAACAAGGUUAGUAUUCAGGCAUGAAUUUUUUUUUAUUAUUUCUUCGUCAUCUUCUUGACAUGGUACUUGCGUUCUGCAGGCUUAGGUCGUGGUGGGUCUGAGAUUGUGGCACUGUUCUCCGGCCUUGGUGGAUGUAGAUUAGCCUGCAGAACAGGCAUUAUUUUUUUGCAUUUUUCAGAUGAGUGAAGUGAACGAGGAACACCAGAUGCGCAUGUCUGGCACUCCUCACUCGCUUCACGCUUGCCUUUGCCUACCUUAAAAAUGUGAAAAAAUACAGCUGUUCUGAAGGCUAAUGUAGAUGAACCAACACCCUGCUCCCUGUAUUUGUAGACCAAAAACAAGGUCAGCAUAGCCUGCAAACAGCAGACGCAUUUCCGGUCAUCGAGAGAAGCGACGACUGGAAAUGCUUCUGCUGUUCACAAGCUAGGCCAGCAGGGCCAAGAAAAAUUAUUUUUGACAGCAGUCUUUCUCUCUUAUCUCAAAGUCUGGAUGAGCAGGCCUCUCUUAACUUCAGUUCUAGAUCGACUCUCAAGGGGGGAAUGGUGGUACUUCCUAUAAUGGUCUAUACGGAGGGGUACCUUUUUCAGAUUAGUGAAGGUAUGUGAAAGGAAAGGGUGGGGAAAUCUGUCAUUUUGGCCCAUAAAAGGGCCAAAAGGAGGACUACAAGACACAUUCUAUGGCUGUGAGAAAGUCAAGAAAAUGUUCUGGUUCUAUUAUUUAUUCAUACUUUAUAGACAGUACAUUUACAGCAGUUAAAAGGAAUGCAGAGUUAACUAAGUUUGUGAAAGGGGUUCUAUUUAUCAAUAUAAGGUAUACGAAAGGGUUACCUUUUCCUUCAAAAAUGGUAUAUAAAAGGGUAAGGGAUCGGACAUGGGGCCAAGCCUCCCCAGGUUUUAACCUUUGUUGAAUACCCCCUGGAUCUACCACUGUCUGAGUACAGUAUUUUCUCCCAUCUCUGAUUAAGAGUACUUGUUUUUUUUUUUUAAAGACGUACAUGGCUCAUUGCUGCCACGGUUCUGAUGAGGAACUUAACCUUUUGUCAGAAAGGUGUUCAGCUGUUGCACAUUGUCCAACAUCCAACUUCAAGUGAGUGCAUGCUUCUCUUAUUGAAGCAUUUUUAAAAAUCGGAUUAUUGUCUGCUUACAAUUAAUUGGAAAUGACGCAGUGAAAAUGUGCUAUUAAGUCAUGGAUACACUUUGCAGAGAAUUAAAGAAUUAUAAAAGUCAUCAAGGGCCAAUAUACAUGUGGCGAUAGAUAAGUCAGGGACAAAUAUGUUGAGACGCUUUUGCGUAAUAGGGUUCACUUUCGUGUAAUUUACGAGCAAGGGAUGGCGAGUUCAGUUGAGAGCACUUGCCUUUUACUAAUGCGGCGCUAGUUCAAAUUCCACCGUCGAUGCCAUGUGUGGGUUGAGUCUGUUGUUGGUUCUCUCCCUUGCUCCAACACAUUUUCUCCGGCUACUUCGAUUUUCCCCUCUCCUCAAAAGCCAUAAUUUCCAUAUUCCAGUUCGACCAGGAGUGGUAGAAAAUGAACCUCUAUGUGGAUGUGCUACCUCUAUAUUUUUAUUUUUUUAACUUUUUUUAAUUUCAAUAGGGUAUGCAGUAUUUUGGACAACAAAACAAUCUUGGCCUUCUCCCCACCCUCCCACUCUUACUAAACUUGGCUUGUUUUGCUCUUCUAUAGGCGAUUUGAGAAGCGCCACAACAUUCCUACGGGAAGGUGGGGAAGGGAAGGCUUUCUUUACCAUUUUGAAAAUAGUGAACUUGGAAUUUUGCAUUAGGUUUCCCUUAGGUGCAACAUAAGUGUUGAAAUACGGUUUGCAAAUCGUUUCGUGAUGGAAUAGGUCUGUCAGUUUGAAGGCGUUGCCACUGCUUGAUGCUUGUAUUUCUUUCUUGCCUUAGUAUAAGAAGUGGCAUUGCUGAUGUCAGAUCCAUGUUGGACAAGAACGUGAAAGUUGGUCUAGGGACAGGUGAACUGUAUAACAGCUGUGGUGUAACCAUUUAGUUAUUAUAUCUGUAAAGAUCACCCAGCAAUAGUUUGUGUAUCAGUAGAAAUCCACCAAUACUGACCUGGUCUUGCNCGAUGCCAUGUGUGGGUUGAGUCUGUUGUUGGUUCUCUCCCUUGCUCCAACACAUUUUCUCCGGCUACUUCGAUUUUCCCCUCUCCUCAAAAGCCAUAAUUUCCAUAUUCCAGUUCGACCAGGAGUGGUAGAAAAUGAACCUCUAUGUGGAUGUGCUACCUCUAUAUUUUUAUUUUUUUAACUUUUUUUAAUUUCAAUAGGGUAUGCAGUAUUUUGGACAACAAAACAAUCUUGGCCUUCUCCCCACCCUCCCACUCUUACUAAACUUGGCUUGUUUUGCUCUUCUAUAGGCGAUUUGAGAAGCGCCACAACAUUCCUACGGGAAGGUGGGGAAGGGAAGGCUUUCUUUACCAUUUUGAAAAUAGUGAACUUGGAAUUUUGCAUUAGGUUUCCCUUAGGUGCAACAUAAGUGUUGAAAUACGGUUUGCAAAUCGUUUCGUGAUGGAAUAGGUCUGUCAGUUUGAAGGCGUUGCCACUGCUUGAUGCUUGUAUUUCUUUCUUGCCUUAGUAUAAGAAGUGGCAUUGCUGAUGUCAGAUCCAUGUUGGACAAGAACGUGAAAGUUGGUCUAGGGACAGGUGAACUGUAUAACAGCUGUGGUGUAACCAUUUAGUUAUUAUAUCUGUAAAGAUCACCCAGCAAUAGUUUGUGUAUCAGUAGAAAUCCACCAAUACUGACCUGGUCUUGCGAAGAGAUGCCUGUGUACAAGUACAUCGGUGAAAAGCUGUUAAGAAGUGUGAAAACGCAAAGCCAACGUGGUUUGCUUCCUGUCAGCUGGAAACAAAUAUGAAUUCUGAACACUUUUUUUUUAAUUGAACUUUUUGUCUUAGUUAAUUGUCCGACCAGCCUUUGUGCCAUAAAUACUGCUAAGGUUAUAUAAAGGUUAUCAUUAUUUUUAUUUUUCAUCCCGAAGCAAGGCUAAAAAAAAUUGUCGGGACUCGAGUCGCAUCUGGACCCCAUGCCUUACGCCUUUGGUCAAUCAAUCAAUCAAUCAAUCAAUCAAUCAAUCAAUCAAUCAUUUAUUUUAACACGUUACGUCAAAGAGCUAAAAAACUCGUUCAAAAUACGAACGGUCCCGGGUAUCAGCGUCAUUUCCCCCUGCUUUUGUUGUUGUUUGUAGAUGUAUCAGGCGGUGAAUCUUCAUCAAUGCUGGUUGCUAUGCGGGACUGUAUCAAGGCUUCUAACGUGCUAAGUCUUAACAAGUCCCAUGGAUACACACCGCUAUCCUUUAAAGAAGCUUUUUAUCUGGCUACACUGGGCGGAUGUCAGGGUAAGUUAUCCCCCCGGGUCCCGGGAAUACCUGCUGCAUGUUUGGGCAUUGCUUACACACCUUUAAAUGUUUAGAUAGAUUAGGCGCUUCAUAAUUGUCCGACCUAGUAACGAGGUACAUUCUAGCUGUCGUCUGCUUGAUGUCCGAUAUAUAUCUGCGCAACUAUGGUUCCCGGUCUUUUUGAGUAACGUCACCACAGUUGUGGAAUGAUAUGCCACUAGAAAUUAGAUCUUGUGACAGUUCGAACGAUUUUGAGAAAAACUGAACUAAAGAGACUUAUCUUUUGAGGAAGGGGUUUUGACUCCCGAUAACUCGAACCUCGCGCUAACUCGAACCAAAAUCGAUUUCCCCUGGAUUUCCGUCACACAUUUACUGUUAUUUUACCCUUGGUAACGCGAACCCUCGAUAACUCGAAGUAAUUUUUGUUUCCCUUCAGAUCAUUUCUAUAUAAUUUUACCCUCGAUAACUCGAGCUAUGUUUUGAGCCCUUAAAAACUCGGGAAAAAACAGUCUACUGGCGUCCGAAACAUUGAAUUUUGAAUUUCCCAUUGACGUGUUGUAGGCAUAUAGUUUACAAGUAGAGGCUUACGUUGUUUGUCACAAAUUUAACAUGAAACAGCUUUACUUCUAAAACAGUAAAACGUAUGCUCUGUUUAGGCAAUGUUUUGUUACGUUACGUUCUGAUUUAUAAUCUAGAAGUAUCUUUCAUUUUUCACUUAACAUUUCUAUAACUGAAUGUGAUUAAAAUGUUCACUGUGCAGUAAAAACUGUUUUUUACCUUACUCUCAGCUAUUUUCUUCGAGCUCCCAAUAACUCGAACUCCCGAUAACUCAAACUUUUUUCGAUUUCCCUUGAAGGUUCGAGUUAUCGGGAGUCGACUGUAUUUUAGUCGUUUUAAGUGAAAGCGUUUCUUUAUCAAUUUAUUAGUUUGUUAAUUGCUUCAAUGUAAUGUAGUUUAUGAACAAUAUUUGUAAUAUUUUUAACAUUUCUUGUAAAUCGCCAUUGCACAUUAGUGGAAAUGGCGCUAUAUAAAUGAAGUGUUUAUUAUUAUUAUUAUUGUUAUUAUUAUUAUUAUUAUUAUUAUUAUUAUUAUUAUUAUUAUUAUUAUUAUUAUUACACCCUUCCCCUGUUUAGGAAUAAAACGAAACCUAAAAUAUUAACCCUACAGCAGCCUCUGUGCUUCCAUAGAAAAAAAUCAAUAACAAGGUUUUGAGGUUUUUUCUUUUUUUGUUUAGUUCUAGGACUGGAUGAAAAGAUAGGAAACUUUGAGGUAAAAACUUUUAUGUCAAGUUUGACGUAUUUUGUUAGAAUAACAAGAAAAUACUGUGCCGAUGCCAAACCAAAACAAUGUAAUACCAUACCAAUACAAUAUUAAGUUUUUUCGCGUAUUGUUAAGAAAUAGACACCCCGGAAAGCUGCAUAAUUUGUACUUAUGUUUCACCAAAAAAGCCAGAACUCAGAGCACUUCUAUCUUUAUUGAAGGAGUUUCGAAUUCAGCCCUUUGCUAGCCUGCGUAGCAAGCGUUUCCGUGCGGUUUAGGAGCAAAGAACGAGGAACGAGAGUCAAAGACCGCGCGAAAAAUGGCGCAAGUAAAAGAGCGGGGAGGGGGUGGGGAAGAAACUUUCAUUUUUUGGCUCUUGUUUCAUUUCUCGCGCGGCCCAAACCGAGAAUCCCGUUCCUCGGUCUUUCUUUGCUCCGAAACUAAACGGAAACGCUUGCUACGCAGGUUAGCCCUUUGCCGAUCGCAAAAAUUUGAUAACUUACUAUCGGCACUACGACAUUUCCGCUAAAACUCCUAGUAGAAUGACGACGACUAUCACGUUUUCCCGCCAAAAUGACGCUGGUUCACGCACUAGCACUGCUUAGUAUUGAGAAAAUCUCGUACUCUUAUUUGCCUUCAUCUUAGAAUCUAAAGGUCUCAAAUACGUGAAAGUACUCAGUAUACAUUGCAAAGUAAUGUUAGUAAUGCAGUCAGGAAAUACACUGUAACACAAUGUAAUUCAGUAUGCGGCACAUAGCAAUGGUUUAUCAGCUCGUGCAAUAAUAGUAGUUCCCAAAGUAAUACGUAAAAAAGUAAUAAUAAACUGUAAGACAAAGAUAUACUUAAUGAAAUAUCCUAAAUGCUCUCUUUAUAAUGGUCCUUUUUACAAUUCUCUCUGCAUGUUUGUGAAAGGUUUUGUGGUAUACAUGUAUACCGUAAAUCCACUAUUAAGCGCCCCCCCCCCCCCUCUGUGUUAAACCCUCCCCCUCCUCCUCAUUAGUCUUCACUAAUAAAUGAUAGAGUGUAUUAAUAAAUCACGACUGUAAACUUAAUUUGGACUCAUCUGUGAUGCUUUCUUCACGUGUUGGAAGUUCGGAUUCGCUUUUCGGUUGAAUGACCUCCAACUUCUUGUACUUGAGUUUUUCCACUUUGCAUUUUUGUUCUUUUUGGAGAACUGAUACCACCAACGUCGUUAAAUGAAACAAGACCCCUUUCUUAUUAAGCCCCCCCUCCCCUUAAACGUGUUUGAAAUAAAUAAGCCCCCAAGGGGUUGGGGGGGGGGGGGGGUUAAUAGAGGAUUUACGGUACUUGUUUUAUUUUCAGGUCGGUAAAGACUUUGACGCGCUGUUGAUUGAUGUAGAAACCAAAGACUCACCUUUCGACUGUUUCAAAGCAGAUGAUUUAAGGGUAAGGUUCAUUACGUUAUAAAGACGCUAGGUGCCUUGUUCUCAAUACAUGAUUCAUGAACACGUCCUUCGAUCCGUUCUUCGAAUUUUGUUAGAAAAAUUUGUCACCUGCAUUUUCCUCUCCUUAUCCAUUUUGGACAUACCGACAACUUUCUAGACUCCUCUUAUUCUGCACUAUGAGUGCUAAUCCCCUCGUCCGAGCGAAUCAGAUUCUCUUGGCUGACGAAGGGCUAACGAUCUACUCGUCGGCUCUUAAAAAGGGUCAGUUUACAGUGGCCAACGCCUAAGUUGCAAAUUCAGUUUGAUCGACUAGUUUGAAGUAUAAUAAUUAAAAAAAUAAUUCCUAAUGCUAGUUUGGCCGAGCAAAUUUAUGAAACAAAUAGUUCAAAUUGAACUUAACAGGGUUAAGAAUCCCAACGGGUGGGAGGCAAAUUAAAUCAGUUAGCUAUUUACAAGCAUGGCCGAGGAUUUAAACUCUAGACUACCUUGAACAAAUCCAGCUGGCGGUCAGAGGGGGAGUUGAACUCGGGGCCUUCGAAUAACAAGUCCGGCGCUCUAACCACUCGGCCACGCUGCCUGCCAUAUGCGUGAUCAGUACCCUCUUUUAGUUUGUAAGAUGAACUGAACUAUUUUUAAACGCGUUAGCCGUCUGUAUCACGGCCUUUACAAGAGUAUUGUACAUUUAUGAAAGAGAACAUGAUCUUCGCAGUAGCACAAAUAACGUAAGCGGUUGAAAAACAACCUGAAUAAAUUCAGGCUUGACCUGGAAUCUUACCCUGACCUUUGCGAUGACCGGACGCAACGCUGUAUUAAAUUUCGUUUUUUUUUUCUCUGCAGGAUGUAGUUCAAAAAUUUUUAAUGCUAGGUAAGUUAAAAUGA